GAGAAGAAAAGAAAAAGCAUGAGCAACAACGGCACAGGUGACAAUUCCGAGGUGUAUCGCUUGCAAAAGACUCGAGGUGGCAUAACAGCAGGAUCGGUAGAUUCGCGUCAAGAGAAAGUUUCCCAGUUGUCGAGCGUUGUCUCGCAAGCGAACAGCGGCGAACGGCGAAAGAUCGACGCGAUGGUGGAAGUUUUGUCGGAGCCGUGUGGCCAGGAAACGGCGGUACUGGAAAAUGGCUUCAACCCCCACGAGAACGUCACCGAAUGUCCGCCACGGGAGAAUCUUUACGAGUCGAUCUUGGAAGAGCCGAAACUCAGCCCGAUCCAGAGCUUCUACAACGGGCAAAGCAUCUUCGUGACCGGUGGCACGGGGUUCAUGGGCAAGUUGCUGAUAGAGAAGCUUCUUCGAGAAUGCCCCGGAAUCUCCUGUAUCUAUUUGUUGAUACGCCCGAAGAAGGGAAAGGACAUGCAUCAACGCGUCGAAGAAAUUUUCGAUGAUCCGCUCUUCGACAAAGUGAGGGAGAAGGUUCCGAAAUUUCGGCAUCAGAUCGUCGCGAUUGCCGGGGACUGCAGUGAACCGGGUCUCGGCCUGUCCCCCACGGACAGAUCGACGAUAACGCGACAAGUGUCGAUCGUUUUUCACGUCGCGGCGACGGUCAGAUUCGACGAGAAAAUGAAAUUGGCCGUACCGAUCAACGUCCGCAGCCCCAGAGACACGAUAGAUCUCUGCAAGGAGCUGACCUGCUUGAAGUCGUUCGUGCACGUGUCGACGGCGUACGCCAACUGCCCGUACGAUUACAUCGAGGAGAGAGUAUACGACCCGCCCAUGGAGGCGAACAAGUUGAUAACUCUGGUGGACUGUUUAGACGAGAAACUGAUCGACGAAAUCACUCCGCGACUACUGGGUAACUGGCCAAAUACCUACACCUUCACUAAAGCGAUAGCCGAAAGUAUCAUCGAAAAAGAGGCCGGCGAUAUGCCCGUUGGAAUAUUCCGUCCUGCGAUCGUGGUAUCAACGUAUCGAGAACCUAUACGAGGGUGGAUCGACAACUUGUACGGACCGACCGGUGUCGCGGCUGGUGCAGGUAGCGGAGUCCUGCGAUCGAUUCAUUGCGACGGAUCGAUACAAGCCAACGUGGUACCCGGUGAUCUGACAGUGAACGCUUUGAUCGCCUGCGCCUGGGACGUUGCAAAACGUCGAGAAGCCACCGCUACCGCUACCAACACGGACCAAAAGAAGGAGAAUAAUAUACCGGUUUACCAUUACAUCUCGACGGACAAUCCUAUAACGUACGAGCAGUUGAAAUGUAUGUCCGAAAAAUAUGGUCUCCAAUUUCCUACCGAAAAAGCGAUAUGGUACUACAGCUUCCGAAACAACAAGUACAAAUUGGUGCACUUCUUCUACGUCUACUUUUUACAUCUACUACCGGCGCUCUUAAUCGAUACCGUCACGCUUUGUUUAGGAAAACAACCGAGAAUGCUGAAGAUCUACAAAAAGAUACACAAGUUCAUGGACGUGCUCAAAUAUUUCGCGACGAAGGAAUGGAAGUUUUCCAACGACAAUUUUAAAGCGCUACUGAACAAAAUGACUCCUGAAGAUUACAAGGAACACUUUGCCUGCGACAUCAAAAACGUUAAUUGGGAUCGUUACUUCCAAACGUACGUGAAGGGCAUUCGCAUUUAUCUGAUAAAGGACCCCCUGGACACCCUUCCGCAGGCGCGAGUUAAAUGGCAGAGAUUGUACUGGAUUCAUCAGGCGUUGAAAUUAAUCGUGGCCUACGGUGUUCUACGGAUAUGUUGGUUAGCCGCGUUUCAUAUGUUCCGGGGUUACGUAUGGAAAUCUACGUAGCUAAUGGCGCGUACCGUCGCCGUCGUCGCCGUCGUCGCCGUCGCGCGCAGAAACGCGCGUUCCACGUCGUUAGAACGUUGUUAGCUCCGACGAAUCCGAGCGUCGCUCAUCUCGUCCAUCGGUGCUGGUAUCUUUGAUCGAAAGCGCGAUUAAGCUUUCUGUGGCUCAACAGUCCGAACAGCUCGGAAGAACGAAAGGGGAAAGAAGAAAACCAAGGGAGCCUACUAAUUACCGCCUCCCGCUGUUCCUUCUAUUCUCAUCUAUUUCUCGACCAUCAUCGAACUAGACAAGAGAACAAAUGCGCUUCCUUCCUUUUCUCUAUUCUUUUAUCUUUCUUUCUUUCUUUUACGAACGUUCUUAUAGGACGACCAUAUUACUUGCGCAAACAGCGCCCGUAUUUCGACUGUGUUUUAUACGUGUACAUUUGUUGUAUUUUACAUUUCCGUUUGUAAUAAAGAGAACUUUUCUUCUUUGUUUUUUUUUUUACAGAAAUCAAA